AUGUGGAUGCGAGUGUUGGUAUGGCUGGCACUAGUGUGGCAGCUUGCUGCCGCGCACACAAUUGACCUCAUGCCUAGCUCAGAGCAAUGCUUUUUCGAAGAUAUGCAUGUGGGCGACGAAAUGACUCUUACAUACCAAGUGACAGGAGGUGGUCACCUUGACAUCGACACCCGAAUCCGUGACCCAUCGGGCCGUCUGCUGUUUGAGCAGCUUCAUAAAGAUACAGGCACAUAUGACUUCAUCGCUGAAAUGGAUGGCAGAUACAAAUACUGCUUCAGCAACGAGUUCUCUGCGCUUACAGACAAGUCUCUCAGCUUCAACGUGCAUGGCGUCCUGUACCUAACAGACGAAGAAGGCCUGAUUCCUGCAGAGCGUGAACUGCGCGAGCUCGCUACCAAUGUGCAAAUGUUCAAAGAUGAGCAGCAAUAUUUUGUCAUGCGUGAGCGCAUCCACCGAAACACAUCGGAGAGCACCAACGCACGUAUCAAGUGGUGGUCCAUUGUGCAAACAGGCGUGGUGGUACUCAUUUGUGCCUUCCAAGUUCUCUUCCUGAAACGGCAAUUCGAAGUGCGACGAAGUGUUUAA